AUUUGUUGUUGGGCUUGGGAGUUUGUCUUCGAAUUUAUUGAUGUGCCUGGAACAGCCAGGAAGAAUCAUCUUUCCGAAGUCAAGCAGUUUUUUGGCUGGUUGUAGAUGGUUUUAGUCAGUCCAAUUUUGCCUGAACUUCAAGAUGUGGCUUAGAUCAGCUGGACACCUCAGCCGACUGAGUGCUGUCUCUCGAGUUCGCUGCCUGCCACCACGCCGAUUCUGUAAUGCUGCAGCUCAGAGUGUUGCAGAGAGCAAUGUAGUCUCUGAAACACAGACCAAGUAUCCGGUAGGCAGUAAACACCAUGGUUAUACCGUAUCAAGGGUAGAGAAUGUUCCUGAGCUCAGUCUUGCUGCUGUGCUGCUGACACACGAUAAGACUGGCGCACAGCACCUUCACGUAGCCAGAGAGGAUCGAAACAACGCGUUUGGUGUGCUGCUGAGGACUAUUCCGUGUGACAGCCGUGGUGUGGCGCACAUUCUCGAGCACUCCACUCUGUGUGGCUCACAGCGUUACCCAUGCCGCAAUGUCUUCUUCAGCAUGCUGCCACGCAGCCUGGCCACCUUCAUCAACGCUUUCACUGGGAGUGAUAUGACAUUGUACCCAUUUGCUACUCUCAACGCCAAGGACUUCAACAAUCUCCUAUCUGUCUACCUUGACUGCGUUUUCUUUCCAAGACUGGAGGAAGCUGAUUUCAGGCAAGAGGGGUGGCGCUUGGAACAGGAGUCACUGACCGAUGUGGCUAGCAAGCUGCAGUUCAAGGGCAUUGUGUACAACGAGAUGAAGGGUGCCUAUCAUGAACAAGGGCGUAUGUUCCAGGAUCAGAUUCAGCGCAACGUCCUACCCAGUAACACGUAUGCACAUGACUCUGGCGGUGAUCCAAUGGACAUUCCAGACCUAACGUGGAAGCAACUCACUGACUUUCACAAGCGACACUAUCAUCCAAGCAAUGCGAAGUUUUUCACGUACGGUGACUUACCUCUGGAUAAUCACCUGCAACGCAUCAGUGACCAUGUCUUGACGCAGUUUGAGCGCAUUGAACCUCGCACGGAAGUGCCCAGCGAGGAUAGCUGGACAGAGCCAAUGCGGAAAGUGGUAAAUUGCGCUCCUGAUCCCACUGCAACUGAGGGUGACAAGAAGGUAGUCACAUCUGCCGUGGCGUACAAAGUCCUCAGUGGGUGCACAGAGCCGCUGGAGAACCUGACUAUGUCCAUAGUGUGCCACUUGCUGACAAGCGGACCAAACUCACCGUUCUACCAGGCGCUCAUUGAAUCAGGCAUGGGCGAUGCGUACAGCACAGGAACUGGGUUGGACUUGUCACCGCGCAAUGGUAUUUUCUCAGUCGGACUUCGCAACAUUGCCGAAGAGGAUACGGACAAGCUUGAAUCCAUCAUUUUGUCCGUAAUGGAAAAAGUAGCAGAGGAAGGCUUCCCCAUGGAGCAGAUCAAUGCUGUCCUGCAUCAGCUGGAGAUUGAUCAGAAGCAUGAAGAGCAGAACUAUGGUGUAAAUAUGCUGUUGGAGUUGACAAUGUCCGUAUGGAAUCAUGAUGGUGAUGUUAUCGGAUCCCUGCGUAGAGGCGAACUUGUUGACCAAUUCAAGGCUGCGCUAGAAGCCGAUCCAGAAUUCCUGCAAAAGAAGGUCCGCCAGUACUUUGUGGAGAACCAGCAUCGCGUGACGCUGACAAUGGUCCCUACUGCUGAGUUUAUGGGAGAACGGCGACUCUCUGAAGAGGCUCGUCUGCAGAAAGCAUCCGAAGCGCUCUCAGAAACUGACCGUCAGAACCUUCUUGCCGAAGGAUUGAGAAUGGAGAAUGCCCAGAAUGAAAUCUCGGACGUAUCCAGUCUGCCCAGCAUCCAGUUGCAAGACAUUGACCGGCAUGUCAAGGAGGAGGAACUUUCCACAGAGUCUGUUGAUGGAACAUCUGUGCAGUACUGCCUGAAACCAACGAAUGGACUCACGUACUACCGCCAUCUAUCUAGCAUCACGGCUGUCCAGGCUGACGCUGUGCCCUAUCUGCCACUGUUUUGUCACUUGAUUACACGGGUUGCUUGUAACAACAUGACUUACCAGCAACUGGCACAGGAGCUGAAGGAACACCUUGGCGGCCUGUCUGCAUCUUGCUAUGUGGCACCUCACUACAUCGAUGAUCAAUCCAUUGAGCAGGCUAUUCUGUUCCGAGGCUUUUGUCUGGAUCGAAAGAUACCGUACCUCUUCAGCAUUCUGUCUGACAUAUUCUCCAAUCCUCACUUUGACGACGUGGCUCACAUGAAGGAUCUGAUAAAGAUGCGUGCUACAUCCAUCAAAGCCAGCCUGACACCGAGUGGUCACCACUAUGCCAUGGCAUCCGCUGCCAGUUCACUUUCACCACAUGGACGGUUAUCGGAGACGUUUGGCGGCUUGUCUCAGAUGGCAUUGAUGCGGCAGAUUGCUGAUAGUGAAGAUCUAACAGAAGUCCAGGAGCACCUCAGACAACUUGCUUCCAGUGUUCUGGACAUUUCAGAGUCAAGGCUGGCUAUCAAUGUGGAGGCUGCACAGCGUGAUACUGUUGAAAACAGUCUAUUGAACUUCUUGUCCGGGGUUCCGAGGGACCGCACUGACCUUGACGGUCAUGUUCAGUUUGGUAACUUUGUUGGCGAGAGUAAGAAGCGCUUGUUCUCGUCCAAGGCCCUGGACGUAUCGUAUGCAAGUCACUCUGUGAGAACUGUUCCGUACUCUCAUGAUGACCACAGCCAUCUUGCUGUCCUGGCGCAUCUACUCACAGACAAAUUCCUACAUCGUGAGAUCAGAGAGAAGGGUGGUGCAUAUGGCGGCGGCUCUGUUAUGAAGAACGACCAUUUCACUUUCUAUUCAUACCGUGACCCCAGCCCAGUGAAAUCCCUGGAGAGCUUCACUAAGGCUGCAGAGUGGGCUGCAGAAGGUGCCUUCUCUGAUACUGAUAUUGACGAGGCAAAGCUAGCAGAGUUCUCUAAGUUGGACAAGCCUGUGCUGCCAGCGUCUCGUGGUGAUCGCCAGUUUCUACGCGGUAUUUCCGAUAAAGCAAGGCAGAUCAACCGAGAUCGCAUAUUUUCUGUCACUCGUAACGACCUGGUGGAUGUGGCGAAGCGAUACAUUUUGGCUGAUGAGGUCAAGCAUGGCAUCGCUGUUAUCGGCCCAGAAAGUCAGCAGCUAUCUGACAGCGGAUUUGAGGUGAAGCAGAUUUGAGCAACCCUAUUCUUUUUGGGGGAGUGCGCAAGCACAUGCGCCUUUCAUACUUGCUUUUCCACCGUUUUUCUAGAUACCUUGUGUAAAGAAGACUAUAUAUUUUGACAUAUAUUUUUAAAGAAUAGCUCGAGCAUGCCUGCUUCACUCGAGUCCUGUACAGGUUCCACUUUGAGAUAAAACUGCCAUGCAACUGAACAUGAAAUCAAACGCCAUCACACGAAUACAUGUACGCUGAAGUAUUUACCAUACUUGAAACUUGUUUUCAAUCUCUUUUCGUAUUAGCUCUAUGUUGCAACCUUCUGCUAGGAAUGCAUUUAGAAAUGUUUUCCAGUUUGGAAAAUGAACUACCUCAA